AUGUGUGUAUCGACUCGACUCGACCGAGCUGGAUCUUCCGGAGAGUGCGUCUGGAUGGUCACAUCGACUGUCGUCCGUCGAGUCAAAACAAAGAAAAAAGCCGAGAAAAAGCAAUCCCAAGAUCAAGAAGCAAGCAAGCAACCAACCAACCGAGCGGAUUUCUUCUGGGGAGUGGACACAGGAAAUGGCUGGGAUGUUUCAAGCAAUCAGGAUGGAUACUGCUGA